GUUUGAGCCUGUGUCUUCAUGGUAAACAAGUCCCCUCUCAGAGAUGGAGUCCAGGGGUCAAUAGUUCAUUUGCUCCAUAUUGGAUCUUAUUUUAAAGCCAGUGAUUUACUUCAUGAACAUCUUAUUAAACAACUAAUUGAACAUUUAAACAGUUUAUACUUCUUACACCUAACACUGCAGAGACAAAGGACAGCAGAGCCCCUGUCAAACCCAAGGUUACACAGCUAGAGACGUGCUCCGGAGCUGAGGGGCCAUGGCAGGGCACGGGCAAAGGCUGCCCAGUGACCCUGGAGACACUGAUCAUUGCUAUGAAAUGUCAGCGCUGACAACCAGGGCUACAUUUACUGGCAGCUGAAGUUACACCAGGACCUGCCCAAGCCUCAGACACAUGAAAAUAGCAAGUGAAGGGAGAGUCUCCAGCACCCCCUGCUCCUGCCGUCCGUACAUCGCCGAGGGGAGCGCACCCCGACCUGCCCUCAGGUUCCACGUCCAUCUCCAGCACAGCCCGACAGGCAGCACCUGCAGCGUCAUCCCAUGCGCUGUCCCGCAGCCCCACGCUGCUGCCCCCGGUCUCUCUCGUGUGCACAGACCCACGCGACGACGCUCCCAAAGCCCAGCCACAGGGGAGUUACUCUGCUCCCCGCUGCAGAGAUCACAGCGGUCGGUCUGGGGGACGGGGGUGCUGGAUGAAGCUGGGGGUCACACUGUCGGGGAUCAGGGGCUGCAGCAGAAUUAGUCACCUGGCGACCCCCCCAGCACAGCCAGCCGGCUGCAGGCCGCCUGCCUGACUGCACCCCCUGCCUGCGCAGGAAGGGCAGCUGGCCGGCUCUUAGCCCAGCAGCUCUCGGGCUGCUCCGUGUGUUCAUGCCACGGCCGCCAUCCUCCCUGUGCCUGCUGCUCCUCCCCGUGCUCCUGUCCUGCUCCAGCCCUGCUCCUCCUGCUGCUGCUCCUGCUUGUUUCCCAGCCCUGCUCCUGCUCAGUCCUGGCCGCCUCAGCUUGCUCCUGGUCCCGGCUUCCUUACCCUGCCCCUGGGCUCUGGCUCUGACCCUUGAUGUGCCGCCUGGGUCCCCUCCUGCCUCUGUCCCUCGGCUUGGCUAUUAAUGUCUGACUCCAGCUCUGACCCUUGUAUUGGAUCCGCUUCCUGCUUCUGCUCUGACCAUUAAUCCUGAUAGCCCACGGCCCCGCCCUAUCGUGUGUUCCUUGGGCUGUUUGCUGGGGAGGAAAGCAGAAGCCAUAUGCGCCUGGAGUGGGCUGCCAGCACCUCAGCGGAUGGAAGGAGCCGGGAAUGUUGAGGAAGCGAGAAGAUGGGGCCAGUCGCCUACUUCAGCCUCUGCCUCCUCGGCUGCCUGAUCUUUAGCCCCUCGGUGGAAGCGUCUCCCCGUACUGUCCUCUCUCCCCGUCCCUUCCCCUCUCUCGGAUCAGGAGUAGAGGCCAGGUGCUGUCGCAGUGGCUGGAAGCCCUUCCGAGGCUGUUGCUACAAGUUCUUCCCCCAAAGGAUGACCUGGUCAGAGGCUGAGGUGCAGUGUCAGUAUCACCACAAUGGGGCCCAUCUCGCCUCCAUUCUCUCUGAGGCAGAAGGGAAUAUGAUGGCCAGCUACAUCAUCCAGUCACGCUCCACGGAUGCUGUGUGGAUCGGACUCCACGACCCCGAGCAUAACAAACGCUGGAGGUGGACAGAUCACUCCCGCUUUUGCUACAGUAAUUGGAAAAUCGGGGAACCAAACAACCUGGGCGGCGAGUACUGUACUGAGCUAGUAAAAGGCAAGGGAUUUAAGGAAUGGAAUGAUUUAUCCUGCAACUAUAAAAAACCCUACAUUUGCAAGUAUCGACGCUAGUGAGGGGAGUCACUCGCCCGUGCCUGAAGUGGGAGCUCAGCGCCUGGGAUGCAAAAGAACUGGGCUCCUUGGCCGUGAUUGGACAACGUCCCAGACAUUCGGAUGCUUUUGCUGCUUCAAGGGCCAGUCCCCUCCCUCCCUGAGAGACCAGAUCUCACUCCCCCAGCUGCAAACUCUCUUCCCACAAGUGUCUCUGUUCUAGUUACACGCCUGCCCCUUCCCUCCCUUCCCCUCAAUGGCUGCAGCCCACUGCAAGAAUAAACUCUCAUGA